UGGGUCGUCGUGGUGUUUAUUUAAUAUUUUCUUUCGUCAUUGAUUUUGGCUGAUAUUUUGGGAUUCUGACUUCAACAUAAAAAUGAUUUCCACAAGAGAGAGGUAUAAGAUGGAGGAUGACAUAGACAUAGAGGAGCAUGAUCUAUUGAAAGACCCAGCGUUGAGGAGCGUGUUUCCAGAUCUUUCCAUUCUGAAAUAUGAAAUUGAUGAUUAUGAAAUUCAUACAGAAACAAGAGUUCUACAGGAGAUUAUAAAUAAAAACGAUUUGGACAUCACUUCAGACAUAUUCAGCAGAAAUACUCUUGUGCAUGACCUAGAUGCUAAACCUAACAUCCUGUGUAUUGAUGACAGAAUAACAAUUGAAAACAAAUAUGCAUCAGAAUCUUUAAAGGAAAAUAUUGACUUUCACAUCAAGAAGGAAGCAGAAAAUAUAGAAUUCAAUGUCUUGCCUAUUUACAGGAACAGAAUUAUACUCGGCAAGAUAAAUGUAGAUGAGUCUGACGAGGAAUGCAAUGAUGAUGCAUUGAGUGAAGUUUGUAACAAAGGGAACAAUGAAGGCAACGCAUACCAAAUGCCAAAUAUUGCAGUUGUGACUGACCCUGGUGAAGAUAGAAAAAGAAAAACGACUAAAAAGUAUUGUGAAAAGGGAAAGCUGGCUAAAGUUGUUUUAACAGACUGUCAUACAUCUCUGUUGGGAAAUAAGUGUUACUGUGCUCAGUGUGCAGUGUUGUUUCCCACCACUGAAGCGUAUUUUCGACAUUACACAAGCAUACAUGAUAAGAAAAAUGGUGAUUCAAGUAAAUAUAUAGUUCAUGUGGGUGAUAAGCUAUUCGUUUGUGAGAUCUGCAAGAAAACAUUUAAUCGAUCAAGUGAUUUGAACAGACACAAGUUAACUCAUACUGCUGAAAAACCGUUCGAGUGUGAUAUCUGCAAGAAAGGAUUUAAGCAAAAACAAUGUUUGAACAAUCACAAAUUAAUUCACAGUGGUGAAAAGCCGUUCGAGUGUGAGAUUUGCAAAAAAACAUUUAGGAGACAAUGGAAUUUGACCAGUCACAAGUCAAUUCACACUGGUGAAAAUCCAUUCGCUUGUGAAAUAUGCAAUAAAAAAUUUAGGGAAACAGGCAAUUUAAACUCACACAAGUUAAUUCAUACUGGUGAAAAACCAUUUGAGUGUGAAAUCUGCAAAAAAAGGUUUACACGAUCAUAUGAUUUGAAUAAACACAUGAUGAUACACACUGGGGAUAAACAAUUUCAGUGUGAAAUUUGCAUGAAAACAUUUUACCGAAGAAAUGCUUUGAACACACACAAGUUAUCUCAUGGUGAAAAGAAUUUCGAGUGUGAAACCUGCAAGAAAAGAUUUGUAACAAAAUAUGAUUUAUUCAAACACAACUUUCUUCACACUGGUGAAAAGCCAUUUGAAUGUGACACCUGCAAGAAAAGGUUUGCUUUCAAGUACAAUUUAUCAAAACACAUGGUAAUACACACCAAUUUCUUAGUUCAUAGAACAUUCCAGUGUGAAACUUGCAAAAAAUCCUUUUCUACGAAAGGCAAUUUAAAAAAACACAUGGAGCGUCACAAUUUUGUUAAAAUAUUUGAAUGUGAAACCUGCAAGGAACGAUUUUCUUUGAAAAGCGAUUUAACAAAACACAAGUUAGUUCACAAUGAUGAGAAACCAUUCGAAUGUGAAACCUGCAAGAAAAGGUUUUCUUUAAAAAGCAAUCUAACAAAACACCAAGAAGUUCACAAUGUUCAUAAAAAAUUCGAAUGUGAAACCUGCAAGAAAAGGUUUACUUUUAAAAGCAAUUUAAACAAACACAAGAAAAUUCACAGUGUUGAUAAAAUAUUUCAUGAGUGUCAAACAUUGGAAAGUAACAUGCUGGUCAACCCUGCGGAAAAGCCACUCGAAUAUGAAAACUGCAACACUUAAUAAGAAAAGCUAUUUUCAUAAUAUAUCAUCUUGCAGCACUUGUGGCAACGAAGCAUACCUUAAACGCUAUAAGAAAAAAAAAAAUCUACUGUAAGUCCCAUAGUUUUAUAACAUAGCUAUAAACGACACGGUAUCCCAGAUCCCACCAUAGCCAUAUUUAAGCGUUCGAAGCUACGAGAUAGUAUGUCUGAGUACUGAGUGCGAGUUUCACGGCAUUG